CUCAACACGCAGACGCGUCUGAUGCCCGCUAGCUUGCGGACCGAUCUCUCCGAUUUCAACUCCACCCUCUCUGUCUUUACGGAAUUUUUUUUUUUUUUUCCAUCAUUCUCACGAAGCGUGGAAUUCGGAAAGGAGGGAGGAAAAUUCGAGAGAGAUAGCGAGAUGCGUCGCGGAGACCUUCGCCUCCUCUUCCUCGAUCUAGGGUUUUUCGUAGGGUUUCUUCUCCUCGCCACCGCUCCCUGUGAUGUCUUCGCUUCGAUUCACGAGUACUCCAACGAAGCCUUCGCUCCCCGCUCCAAUUCCUUCUUCUUCCACGGUGGCAGCGAGGGCCUCUACGCCUCCGAGGUCAAUCUCAGCUCCCCCAACUCUGAUGGCAAAUCCUUCAUCGGGUUUGAAUCUGUAACUUUCCGCCGAACGAAAGAGUCAGCAUUACGGCAUCAUGAUAUGCAACAGAAGACCGGAUUGAUGGAAGCUAUAAUUGUCAAGAUUCAAGACAGGGAUAAGAUUGGUGGUACAUAUUUUAACUCUGAUGCUAUAUGCUGUACUCCUGAUCUACACAAAGAGAUAUCUUGUAAUGUAGGGGAAGUAAUUAUUCGUCCAAAUCCUGAUAACCCAGAUUGGCCGAAAAGAAUUCAGACAUUUUUUGAUGGGACCAAUCAAGAGACAAAAAUGAUGACUCAAACUGUUUUCAUAAACAGCACUGGAAUGUACUACCUUUACUUCAUGUUUUGCGAUCCCCAACUUAAGGGCACUGUAAUCACAGGUAGAACUGUUUGGAGAAAUCCACAAGGCUAUCUUCCUGGAAAAAUGGGACCAUUAAUGACAUUCUAUGGUUUCAUGUCAUUGGCGUAUCUUUUGCUUGGCCUUCUGUGGUUUCUUCAAUUUACAAGAUUUUGGAAAGAUAUAUUGCACCUUCAUUACCAUAUCACAGCUGUAAUUGCCCUAGGCAUGUGUGAAAUGGCUUUCUGGUAUUUUGAGUAUGCAAACUUUAAUUCUACUGGAGCCAGACCUAUGGGCAUAACCCUAUGGGCGGUCAGUUUUACUGCUGUCAAAAAGACUGUAUCUCGCCUUCUUCUUUUAGUAGUUUCAAUGGGCUAUGGUGUUGUACGGCCAACAUUGGGUGGGAUAACUUUCAAGGUCGCUCUGCUUGGUGUAAUAUAUUUUGUUGCUUCAGAGGCACUUGAACUUGUUGAGCAUUUGGGAAAUAUCAAUGACUUCGCUGGAAAAGCCAGACUGUUUCUAGUACUUCCUGUGGCUCUCUUGGAUGCAACCUUCAUUGUCUGGAUAUUUUCAUCUCUAUCGAAAACUCUAGAAAAACUUCAGUUGCGGAGAAGUAGCGCCAAACUUGAGCUGUAUCGGAAGUUCACAAACUCUCUGGCAAUAUCUGUACUUCUAUCAGUUGCCUGGAUUGGCUAUGAGGUUUUUCCUUUCUUGCUAUGUUUUUCAGCAGUCAGGAAAUUAUACUUCAAUGCAACGGAUCCAUUAAGUGAGCUGUGGCAACGGGCUUGGAUCAUCCCUGCUUUUUGGACGGUCCUAUCCUAUGCACUUCUUGCAAUUAUCUGCAUCCUCUGGGCCCCAUCACAAAACCCAACUAGAUACGCAUAUUCUGAGGAUAUAGGUGAUGACUUUGAAGAGGAGGGAGUUUCACUCACAGGCAGCGGUGCCAAGGGAAUUGGAGAUAUGGUAAAUAGGAAAACUGCAGAUCAUGUAUUUGGGCUGGGAGAUGACCUUGAGGAGGAUAAACGAGAGUGACAUGUCUUUCUUGCAUGGGACAGUGAUUCUGGUGUUGUGGAUUCUGGCCUGUAACUCUUCCUAAAGAUGAAAGUUGCUUUCUCGUUGCCACCGACCACUGAUGGAAGGGCACCAACAGAUAAUCCCUCACAAGAAUCAUUGUUCUGAUGGCCUUGGAGCUUGGAUUGUGCAGGCUGUGGAGAAAUUCUACUUAUUAUAUGGCCAAAAAAUGCUUGUUCUUUUGGGCAACCUAUUUUAAUGUUUUUUUAAUUCAUUUUAACAGAGGGCUGUAUUCAUGUAAUUUAUACUCUAAAAUUAUUUUAGUUCUGAUUUUCACCCAUCCUGUCCAGGAAAAAAUCAGUUGCUGUGUACUGGUACUUUGUGAUCUGGCACAACCAAAACUCUGGAGAAUAUACUUUGAAUUGCAUCAAGAGGAUAGGUGAUUAAAUGGUGCCCAUAGAUGUAGCUGGAAGCAUAUGUACCUUCAUGACUCAUGAUUGCCUGUUCAGUACCAAUUCUGGAUCAAAAUGAGCUUGAAAUAAAACUCCUUAGGAACCAGAACUUGGAGGACUUGUAGCAUGUUACUACCGAUAAAAGUAUAUUGUAAUGGUUAGCAUUCGCACCAACCUUGUAUGCUCAGGAGUGAUGGGCCGAUGGCCCUGUAAAUCGUGAGAGGAAUGUUCUGUAAUUAUCCCUGUGGCCAGUGCAUUCCUAGUAUGAAAUUCACCAUCCGCUCGUCA